AAAUCGCCUUAAAUUGCAAAUACCAAUUUUUUAAAAAGAUCAAUAUUUAUCGUCCUUUCACUUCAAGUUCCCUUGUGCCUUUUUUUUAUUAAUUGUGGUGGAGGUUUUAGUAGACAAAGCACAAGGAAAGAAAGGAAAGAGAGAAAGUGUCUCUCAAGAAUGCAGAGAUGUUUCUUAUUGCAGCAAUUGGACUUGGGCACAAGUCCCGAGAAUGCCUUUGUAACGCCAAAUUAUGUGCCCAACAAGACGAUAUCCACGAUGAAUUUGUUGACGGAGAGGAAUGGGGAGCAACCGGGGGCGCCAGCCAAGGACAAUGACUCAGACGGGGAGUGACGGAUGUGACCGAUGCGUGGGUGAAUUUCCGCCCAAUGUCUUCGUCGGAUGACACGGCAGAAAGCAUCGCGAUACUUGAUAGCUGUCCAUCGGCAACUCAGUCGUCAGGAUACGUAUUUUCUGUCGUAUCAUAAGACAAAACCACAUCUCUUUGGCACUCCUCUGCUCAUUCCUGUCACGAGGACAGCACCAAUAAGGAUCUCUAUUGUGCUGUUUGGCUCCAAGUGGCUCGUCUGCUCAGUCCGCUGCCUCCAACGCCGCCGGAUAGAGCAAAUCAUGCUACAGAUUGUGACGAUAGCUUGGGCUACGAAUUCCCGUUUACGUUGAGAGCAGUGACUGGUGGCGGGAGGAUUUGCGCCCUCUGCCCCUGGUUCCGUUUCUGCCGCGGCUGUGAAAUAUCCUGCAAUAAUGAUUCAUUGAUCAGUGGCCUGAUGGCGACACAGAACAUUCAGCUUUCCAGUACUGCAUCCACUCCCAUCAUGUCACAUCGUGUCCCAGAGCCACGUUCAUCCAUCCACCGGAGGACUCAGAGUGAGAUUGGGAUGAGCGGGGAGGUGGGUACAUCAAUAGACUUGAGUGCAAUCAGCAUAGCAAUAGACUGGGACCCGACGGCGCUGCAUCUGCGGUAUCAGAGUACGCGCGAGAAGGUCUGGACGGAGCACGAGAGUGUUGGAGUGUGCAGGAGGCAGCAGACGGAACCUGUGGAUCUCAAUCACUGCCUCAGGGCAUUCACUAGCGAGGAGAAACUGGAGCAGUGGUACUACUGUGGGCACUGCAAAGGCAAACAGCCGGCCACGAAGAAGCUGCAAAUUUGGAAAUUGCCUCCGAUUCUCAUAAUCCACUUGAAGAGGUUCAAUUUCGUGAACAACAAAUGGGUAAAGUCGCAGAAAGUCGUAAACUUCCCCUAUGACGAAUUCGAUCCCACGCCCUAUCUUGCGUCUGUGCCCCAAGAGACCAUCCUACGCCAUCGUGAGCUGUAUGCCAAUACGCCGAACGUCGAGGAGAGAAUCGAUGAGAAUUGUGUGUUUAGCCCUUCGGCGGGGGCUGAGGAGAGGAGGAAAUCGUGCGUGGAGAAUGGGGAGAGGCAGGAGAGGCGCAAACGCCUGAUUUCGGGCAGUUUGACCAAGACUCCGGUGAAUGAUGAGGAUCUGGUGGAUUUUCACAAGCACAAACUCAAGAGUGGCCAGGAUCCGCUCGAUCUCAAGUACCAAUUGUAUGCUGUUGUGUCACAUUCCGGAAUGCUCAAUGGGGGCCACUAUAUAUCGUACGCCUCAAAUCCGAAUGGAUCGUGGUUCUGCUACAAUGACAGCUCGUGCCGGGAGAUUCCCCAUCGACCUCAGAUUGAUCCAAGUUCUGCCUAUUUGCUGUUCUAUGAGCGCAAAGAGCUCGAUUACUCACCGUAUUUGCCCAAAGUAUCUGGACGCCAAAUUGUCAAUGGAGCCCUCGAUGUGGAUGAUGAGAGUGAUUUGCGAAAGAUGUGCACGAUCGCUUAAAAUUCUAAAAAAAAAAGAAAAAGUUAAUGGACUCUGUGGAAGAACUAAAUUCUACCAUUUAUUGACGAUGAUGUUAUCAUUUGAAAAAAAAAAUCAGUGAAUUCUUUUUGUUAUUGCGUCAUACAGCCUCUGUAAAUAUCAACAUUUACAACUCCUGAGCGUUAUUCGUUACAUCUAUCUUUCAUUUUUUUUUCUUUUUAAGGUGUCUACAUAUUUUUGUUGAUUUAUUCGAGAUGGAUGAUGCUAAAGUCUUUUUUGUUGAGUAAUUUCUAGUGAUCAUUUCAUUUAUACACUAAUAUCCCCCCACACAUAUUGCUAUAAAUAUAUUUUAUUUGUUUAUAGAGAAACAUGGAGGAGAAAAAUGUGAAAAUUGCAUUCCUAACGAAGAAAAAACGUAUGAGAAUAUUAUAAAA